GACCGGAAGUAAAUAAAGUGUCUUCCCGCGCUGCUGCACCGUUUUCAAAAAGAAAGGCACUUAUGCAGUUAUUUAACGACAUGGACGAGCUUUAUCUGGACAACAUCGACGAAUUCGUCAACGACCACAAUAAGAUCGUGACCUACAAAUGGCUCAGUUUAACUCUAGGAGUCCAUGUCAACACAGCAAAACAAAUGCUCUUUCACUACUUGGACAACAAGAGGAACGAAAGCUCUGCUCAGCUCCACGCUACGUACUUGGUGUCGGGAAAGUGUGUGGACAAUGGUCAUGCGAGUCACAAAGUCUCUGUGGUGCGUGAGGACCAGCUGGAAGAUUUUAAAUCUAAGAUGAGUUUGAUUGUGAGCGUUCACGUGUACAGUGUUCAAAAAGCUUUGCUAAAAGACAGCGGCCCACUCUAUGCUGUCGAUUACGACGCCGUCAAAGACAACCUGCUUAGCUGCAGCAAGUACAGUGCAAUUCGAUGUCCCGACGCCGUGCCCGUGUCCUCCCUGGAGCGGAAGCACGUGCAAGAGACACAGCAGGAAUCUCAGACAGAGCAUGAGAGCAAAAAGUCUUCCACCAACGGCAACGUGGCUUCCAAAGCGGCCGCCAAACCGGCCAAAGGCAUCAUGGGGAUGUUCGCUAGCAAAGGAACUGCGGUUAAGAGCCAAAAUGGUGGCAAAGACGUGAAAUCAGAAGCUCUGGAGGAAGCGGCUGAGGUCAGUUUGUCCAAAACCAAAGCAAAGUCCAAUGCCGUCAGUAACUUCUUCGGCAAUCAAAGCACAAAAAAAAAGGACAAAACGGUGAUUAAGACGGAGAAAGAAGAGGAGGUAGAAGCUCCAGCGCCAUCCCCAGUGGAGCAGCCAAGCUCAAGUUUUCAGCCGGAGGAGCAGCAGCAAGAUGCAGUGACAGUGGAGCCUCCAAAGCACAACAAGAACAUCUCAAGAAGCAAAACCAAGCGACUGGAGAGUUCUGACAGCGAGGAGGAAAAGAUGGAGAACAAGAAGAAGAGAAGACGGAUCAAGAAGCCUGCGCCCGACAGCAGUGAUGAAGACGUCAUUCCAGAUUCUCCACAACCAACAGAAGCUAGAGAAACAUCAACGGCUCCCACCAAGGCGCUCAAACCUGUUCCAAAUCCGGGAGAAUCUCAGACAAAGAUACGCAAGCGGAGACGUGUCCUCAAGUCUCGGACCUUCGUGGACGAUGAAGGCUGCAUCGUGACUGAGAAAGCCUACGAAAGCGAGUCAUACUCUGAAAACGAAGACUCCGCUCCUGCCACCGCCUCCAAACAAACGACCACAAAUCCAGUCAGGCCAAAAGCGAGCAGCAAAGACGACGAAAGGAAAAAUCAGAAAAAAUUGUCUGCAAACGCCAGCAAAGGAUCUAAACAGGUGUCCAUUAUGGGAUUUUUCCAGAAGAAAUGAUGGCCAGGUGAUGAUUAUAAAACACAAACAAACUGUUGCAGCCACUUAAUAAACACUGAUGGAAAACACUCAUAUUUUACCUUAUUUUAGCAGUAACAAUGACUCUACUUAAAUGACACAACAUACAGAAAUAUAGUAUUCAUUGUCACCCUAAUUCCAACCUGAAAGCAAAUGGAUUCCAUUCUAAAGUCCUUUCUCUGACGUGGAUUUUAAAUGAAUGUCAGUGAGUGAAGGGUGGAGGCUGCAUCUGAAGACUCAUGGAAAGAAACCAUAAAAUAACGAAGGAUCACCACAAAAACAGUACAUUUAGACACUUAUUUUGUUGUAUCUACUUAGACAAGCCAAUGCAGGCCUUUUAUAAGCACUUUUUGGCUUAUUUUUGCGGCAAACUGAUAUUGCAGAUUGAAAAGAAGUACAAACCCCGUUUCCAUAUGCGUUGGGAAAUUGUGUUAUAUGUAAAUAUAAACGGAAUACAAUGAUUUGCAAAUCCUUUUCAACCCAUAUUCAAUUGAAUGCACUACAAAGACAAGAUAUUUGAUGUUCAAACUGAUAAAAAAAUUUUUUUUGCAAAUAAUCAUUAACUCUAGAAUUUGAUGCCAGCAACACGUGACAAAGAAGUUGGGAAAGGUGGCAAUAAAUACUGAUUAAGUUGAGAAAAACUCAUCAAACACCUAUUUGGAACAUCCCACGGGUGUGCAGGCUAAUUGGGAACAAGUGGGUGCCAUGAUUGGGUAUAAAAGCAGCUUCCAUGAAAUGCUAAGUAAUUCACAAACAAAGAAGGGGCGAGGGUAACCAAUUUGUAAGCAAAUUGUCGAAAAGUUUUAGAACAACAUUUCUCAACGAGCUAUUGCAAGGAAUUUAGAGAUUUUACCAUCUACGGUCCGUAAAAUUAUCAUAAGGUUCAGAGAAUCUGGAGAAAACACUGCAGGUAAGUGAUGAUAUUACAGACCUUUGAUCCCUCAGGCCGUACCACAUCAAAAACCGACAUCAGUGUGUAAAGGAUAUCAACACAUAGGCCCAGGAACACUUCAGAAAACCACUGUCAGCAACUACAGUUGGUCGCUACAUCUGUAAAUGCAAGUUAAAACUCUACUAUGCAAUGCGAAUGCCAUUUAUCAACAACACCGAGGAACGUCGCCGGCUUGGCUGGGCCUGAGCUCAUUUAAGAUGGACUGAUGCAAAGUGGAAAAGUGUUCUGUGGUCUGACGAGUCCACAUUUCAAAUUAUAUUUGGUAACUGUGGACGAGGUGUUCUCCGGAACAAAGAGGAAAAUAACCAUCCGGAUUGUUAUAGGCGCAAAGUUCAAAAGCCAGCAUCUGUGAUGGUAUGGGGGUGUAUUAGUGCCCAAGGCAUGCGUAACUUACACAUCUGUGAAGGCACCAUUAUGCUGAAUAGUCCAUACAGGUUUUGGAGCAACAUAUGUUGUCAUCCUACCAACAUUAUCAUGGACGCCCCUGCUUAUUUCAGCAAAACAAUGCCAAGCCACGUGUUACAACAGCGUGGCUUCGUAGUACUUUCCUGGCCCGCCUGCAGUCCGGACCUGUCUCCCAUCGAAAAUGUGUGGCGCAUUAUGAAGCGUAAAAUACGACAACAAGACUGUUGAACAAAUUAAGCUGUACAUUAAGCAAGAAUGGUAAAGAAUUCCACUUUCAAAGCUUCAACAAUUAGUUUCCUCAGUUCCCAAAGAUUUAUUGAGUGUUGGUAAAAGAAAAUGUGAUCUAACACAGUGGUUGAACAUGCCCUUUCCCAACUACUUUGGCACGUGUUGCAGCCAUGAAAUUCUAAGUUAAUUUUUAUUUGCAAAAAAAAAAAAAAGUUUAUAAGUUUGAACAUCAAAUAUCUUGUCUUUGUAGUGCAUUCAAUUGAAUAUGGGUUGAAAAGGAUUUGCAAAUCAUUGUAUUCUGUUUAUAUUUACAUCUAACACAAUUUCCCAACUCAUAUGGAAACGGGGUUUGUAAAAUGAGCCCUUUUUUUUUUUUUUUAUAAUAACCACUGCAGGUCUUAGGGGAGUGCUGGCUUGACCCUGUGAGCUCACAGCAGCGCCACACCCUCUUAACAAGCACGCAAAGUGGGCCGGUAGAACUGGUCUUUCCCAUAAAGGAGGAUACUCUGACUGAGGAGGAAAAUGAUCUCCUCAGCGGGGUGUUUUUUUUUUUUUUUUUUAGUUUGUCUCACAUAGAACUGUCUUUGCAGCUGAGUCAGACGCCGCGGAAACAUAAUCGUUUGACUACAAUAGCUCCAGUGUUCCUGAUGUUUCACGUCGUUGCCACUCUGUGUGGAUCCUCCCUAAUCACAUGAAGAAAAAAAAAACAUUUCUUGAAUGACACCUCAUUUCACAAAUAUUGACAUGUUGCAUCCUAGAGUUUAAGGCGUCAAUAAUUAUGUUUCAAUUACGCAAACAAGCCUAGAUUAAAGGGGAAAAGACGACAUGUACAAUUGUAUGGUUGAAAUGCAUAUGGAAUAAAAUGGACUUGGAAUAUU